AUGGAUCCCUUCAACAACCCGGACAACCCGAACAAUCCGAACAACCCGAACAAUCCCAACAAUCCGACCCAACCUAAUGUUUUCUCGGUUCCGGGAUAUUAUCUGACGCUAGAACCGAACCAAUUCUCGCAAUAUUCAUCAAAUGCGUUUGCUUCAUUCCAACACUCGCCAAACCAAUUCGCUCAAUUCUCCCAAAAUCAAGCCCUUCAACAAAUGAUGAUGCGGGGUGCUUAUAAUUUCCCACCCGUUCAACCUCAACCGAUCCCCACACCACCCGUUCAACCUCAACCGAUCCCGACCCAACCAUUUCAACAAUCCGAACCCGAAGACGAUGUGGAGAUUGUUCCCGAAACCCAACCGCCUAAAGGAAAAGGAAAACGAAACAAAGGCAAGCAAGUGGUGGGUGAUCAACCGUCGAAACCGAAGGCGACUAAGUGGACACCAAUCGAAGAAGAAGCCUUAGCCAAGGCUUUCAUUAGCACUUCUGACCACCCAACAAAAGUUGGUAAUAACCAAUUGGGUGAGGGGUUUUGGUCCAAGGUAUUGGCGAAGUUUCUCGUCCUUAUGGAUCAAGGCCCGUAUCGAGAUGUCGACUCGGUCUCCUCAAAGUGGCGGAAAAUGAACUCGGCUAUCAAUAGGUUUUGCGAGGAAUAUAAUAAAUUAUAUACAAGUGACCGUCGUAGCGGGUGGAGCGACGACGAUGUGUUUAAAAAAGCGUUGGACAAGUAUAAGCAAAACAAUGAGGAGUACGCCGUACAAGAACCGGAGCGUCCACCGGGCCGAGACAAAUCAAUGAAGGAGCGGGCCAAGGGGAAAGAAAAGGAAAAGGUGGACCCGAACAUGGUUGAGUUUAUGGAACACUUAAAAAUGUACAACGACGUCUCGGCCCAAAAGACAAAGGCGAAGGAGCGGGCCGUCAAAGAAAAAACUCGUGUAUCGGAAGAAAAGUUAUGCGAGAAGGUCCGGUUGUCGAAUGAGAAAAUCCGAAUUUCCGAUGAAAAAAUUCGGCUCAAGGAAUGGGAAAUAAUAUCGAUGAAUGUCGAGGACGAACCCGAGCCGAAACUAAAUGAUCCAGCAAUAAUUGAAUCUUUAGAUAAGCGAAUUCCACCAGAUCAGGGUACUGAUGAACCAUUAGUUGAUGUAUCUCUUAGUGAUUUAUCAACUCAGAAUCCAUUUGCCCUUAAGGAAUGUGUUUCUUCUAUUGGAGAUAGUUUCACACCUGAAUGCACCUCUAAGGACAGUUCGAAGACUUCAUCCGGUGAAUUGAAGUGUAACCUUUCAGAAGUGUAUGAAGUUGACGAUUCCACAUCUCAGUCAUCAACUAAGAACAAAAAGUCCGGUGUCGCAAAUGUCUCCAUUGAUGAUGAGGAAACUAUGAUUUUGGUUCCUAAGAUUGAAAAAUAG